UGCGAUCGUGAAGCACCACAUGCGCAACAGGCGAGGACUCCCUAGCCCGCUCCAAUACCUCGUACUGCUUUCGACGAACCUACGACCAAUGUAAAAGCACGACCAGUUCGAUGCGCGGCUGAAACUUGAGUCAUACCUUACGGUAACAUCUCUCUAUACUCCAGAUGUCGAUGAAUCCUCCUCCUCCUCCUCCUCCUCGAGGCCGGCUGGGCCUACGGUCUCCCGUGCCUCCUUCCUCUAUUUCACCAGAUCCUUCACGCGCAGGAUCAAAGCAAAGCAAUCGACCUGGUUCAAGCGGAAGUGACACCUCUGCUUCCUCGAACCUCUCUGUCGUCAAAAGAUCUCCUUACAAUCAGCAGCUGCCUAGCUUUGUCUCGCAUAACAACAACAGCAAUGCUUCAUUGCAGUCCCAUACCAGACCCUCCGCCCAAUAUAUGCCUCGGGACGGUGCAGGAAGACCAAAUCUGGGGCCUCCGUCAGACUAUCACAAACACCGUCCUAGACAGCAUUCUCAGGGCUACUUUGAACCCUCAAUGCCUUCAGCCUCUCUGGCCAGUCAAUCGGCUUUACACGAUCAUGCCGGCACCCCGGGGCUCACGCCAUCCCAGAUCGCGGCGCAGGCUGCCAUGCAGCACCUCGCUGCCGCCAACCACAAUCGGAAGAGAUCUCAGACCAUUCCGUUUCCGCAAGAACAGAAUCAAUCAGAAAGUCGUCGGAGCAGUAGAGGUUCUACAGGGUCUCAUGAGGGACAGCCGCAAUCUCCUGCUCAGGAUCAGCAGUACCGCAACGGACUCAUUGGUACCAAUGCAGCAGCAACAGCGGCUAGUGUUGUGUUUCCGCGAAACUUUGCGUCGUCUAGUCAGGUUUCUUUGGUAGAAGAGGAUAAGUCCAAAAAAGGACUCAAAAGAUUCAGGCCGAAACACAUGGUAUUAUCUAGAGACAAGGAUAAAGACUCCAAGGAGAAGGCACUCCCGUCGCCGAGCAAACCGGCUCCAAGUGGCUUGUCGAAGGUCAUCAACGCCUCAACGACGAGUUUGGCUGAAUCCUUCUCCUCCAAUGCCUCGUCCAUCUAUCAGCACGCCAAUGCAUCUUCGACCACAAUCCUUCAAGUACCGGAGCAGAAGGACAAGGCGCACAAGCAUCAUGGUCUUCGUCAGAAGCUGAAGCUCAAAGACAAGGACGAAACUCAUUCUUUGGCCUUGUCAUCAGCGAACUCGAAUUCCCGGCCUGUGGAUGUCAAUAAUCCUCAGUCCCUCUACUCGUUCGCACCGUCCUCUCCUGCUCCAUCCUCCAGUUUUGCGAAAUCCAUGUCGGGCCUCGACCUUCGACAUGGCGGCCGUGCUCUGCGGGAGAAAAAGAAGGAAGAGAAAGCGCAAGCUAUGGCGACUCUCGAACCUGUCUACAGCCGGGGUGAGAGCGACACGUCUGAAUGGCCGGUUCUCGGCACCAGUCUUACGAACUCAUCAGUCACCAACUUCAGCAGCUAUGCCGAAAUCAAGGAGGCCGGGGCGAACGUUGGCCUCCCGAAGAUGGGCGCUGACGACGCCUGGGAUCUUUUGAGAGCCAAAGUAUUGGCAAUUUUCGAGAACGAGGAUGUGAGGGUUCCCGUAGAGAACUUGAACAAGUUGAUCACGAUUCACGUCCAAAGAUGCGUCCAAAGGAGGGAUCCCAGUAUCGUCAUAGGCGAUAUGGAAGAUCUACUCAAGACUGGUUUCUACAGCCUAAAUCACACGUUGCGUCAAACUUUUGACGAUCGAUUGGUCCCCAACCUUGUCAGUAUGUGGAUACAAGUGUUUGGGACCAUCUUGCCUUUCAUGCAAGCGGUCUUUCUUCCCCUGGAUCAAGAGUUCAAAGGGCGAGGCAGUAUACUGACGAGUCCAAAGAUGGCGGCAGAGUUCUGGGGUGCCAUACCAAGUGCCGAAAGUGGCAGCAAACUGUCGUCGUCGCCUGCUUCUGGUGGCGGCAAUGAUUUUGUCGUUGCUGCCGGAGAGGAAUUGGAGGUCAGGCGCAUUCUUUUGAUUACCUUCCGAGACAUCAUCAUCCUACCCAGAUUUGAGGUGUUGAAAUCCACAUUCUCACGCUUGAGCCUUGAAAGCAUCAAUGCCAAUCUAUCUCAGCUGGAUCACCCCAGCCGAGGUCGCGGCAACAGCGGCGGCAGUGACCGACCACCCACCUCGCAAAGCGCCGAACCGGUUUAUGGAAGCUACAACUCCCAGACGAGCACAUUACUUGGUAGCGUAGCUUCCGGUGGCCGAUCUCGGGCAACGUCGAAUCUGUCCGUUGUUAGUAACCCUGCGCAAGAUGUCGCUUUCCAAUCAUUCAGCUCCCCUCCAGCAGCACGACCCUCAGAUACUUCUUCGGCACAGGUGACCGAGACUGUGGGGCGAAUGCUCCAGUGUCUUUCAAUCUUGUGUGCGAUUCAAUCAGGUGAUACCUCUCAAGCUCGAAUGGAAGAGCUCAACAGACAGCUCAAGCUGAAUUGGCUCGGCCGUGGGCGCACUGGUCGGAAUAGGAAAGGUUUUGUUGGAAGCCGAGUGAGGCCCAUGGGAAGUGUCACCUCGACGAUACGUGGGUUAAAUCGUGAUGGAAGUCCGACUCCCACUCCGACUCGGCAGGGAACUGUCAGCAGGCAAGGGGAAGAUACCAGUUGAGGUUGCCGAGACGGUCUGUAUUCCUGACCAGAAUCAAAUGGUGUACAACCUAGUUAUGUAACAGAGGAACGCCAGAUGAUGCUGGUGCCAGCAUUUGUGUGGGUGACCGAACGUCAAACUCAACCCGUUAUUCCGCGCCCUAGCCUCCUCCCCGCUUUUGUGUUCAACAUGCAGAUGUCUUCGCUACGUGACCCUACAAUAGGCUGCUUACGAAAGGUACUUGGCCAGUCUCGAACUUCGUAUUCGGAUUCUGACUGAGGAGGCGGCCGCAAAUCAAGCCUGAUCAGUGCCCAGAACGCUAACUUAGGCAAGUGUUACGCCCAGGCAUCAC